CCGCCAUUCUCCUGGAAAGAAGCUGCUGCCUUCAUCAUUACCACCAACCUUCUCUCGAAGAAAGGUGAACCAUGGCAUCUCGUGUGGCUUCCUUUGUUGGAACUCUAGUGUCUGCCUUGGUUCUCAGCUCAGAUGCAGACGGAUCCGAUGGAGGAUCUCCGCUGAAGUAUCUGUGCGCUUGCACUGGCGAGGCUGUGCGUCAUCUCGAUCCGUGCCCUCGUCGGCACAAUUCAAAGCCAUGCCGAUGUCACGGCUCGUAUGAGCGUCAUCGCUUCGUAUGCACGUAAGGCUGGUCAUGGCAUCCAAUCUUCUUCAUGACGACAGUUCCUUUCACCACAGCUUAUUCCGUGAACUACAUUUGGAGGUAAAGGAACGGAAAACAAGGAAGGCCAUUGUCUGUAUGUUGCCUUGCAGGAGUAUUUGAGUGCGUCAUCUGCAUGGCAUCCACAGAAAAUCCUGCAGAGCCACCGCGACGAUCAAACCAAUACGGCAGCUGCCUCGGAAACGAAGGAGAACACCAUCCGUAUACUCCACUUGGCGCCCAACAAGGCAGUUGUAUUGGGGCUUAAUCUGUACAACCAGAGCAAUGUCGAGUACGUCAUGGGGGACAAGUUCUCAUCGCACUAUAGCCAAAGCCAGGCAGACUUCCCCGGAUGGCCGCAGGUAAGGGACAGAAGGACGUUGGUGGUGUACCCUGUGUGCCUUGUUUGUUCUGUGUAUGAUGCAGGAGUUCGUUUAUUCGGACAUGACUGCCCCUUUUCUGGCCCUGAAUGUGCCUGCAAGGCACUCUGCAACAGUCCUCCACACGCAACGGAUCGACACCCACGGCCUGCCGUUCUACGAGGAGCGACAACACACGCCCCUGAAUUGCAGCCAAGGCCUUCUCAACCGAUUCGAUCUCAUCAUAUGCAACCACAUGCUGGAGCAUUUGCCGGAAUGGCUGCCUUCGGCUCGGUCCAUCUUCUCCCUUCUAAAACCGGGGGGCCUGGCUCUUAUAUCUGUGCCAUUCGAAUCGGCAACGCUUCAUUCGUGGACCCUUCCUAGGUCAGAGUGGCAGCGAAUGAGCUACGGGGGUACGCUUCUAGAGCACAAUGAUACCUGAAUGAAUUCUCUUUUUUCUGUUCUGCUCAGGUUGGUAUCACAUUCAGAAAUUCAGUCUCGAUUUCUUUGACACUUUGCGCUCCCAUGUCGGCUUCGAAGUGGGGCCGCUUCGGUAAGAUGCACGGACUGGCUGCAUGGACAAAAUAUAGAUGUACUUCUCUGUCUCUCUGUCAAGGCUCUGCGAGUAUUUCUCAGACGGAGGGAGGCCCUUCCCAAUCGAGUCUUUCAACCCCAAGAGCUACGCCAAUCCCGAGUUCAACGGGUGUCCGUCUUUGGAGAAGCGAGAAGGCUGGCUGGGACAGUGGCUUGGCCUCGUGCGAAAGCCUUGCGAUGUCUUCAGCGCUCUUGGAGGCGAUGGUGUGACAGCUGGCGAAGAUGGCGUGGAGAAAGUGUUGCUGCAUGCGGAAGGGAGCACAAUGUGCCCUCAGGUCACGGAUAAGAUGAGGGAAGUGCACACAUACUUCAACGAAUACAUGGCAGACAUUCAGAGAGGAUACGCAGAAGACACGGAGACAUGAUAUGGAUAUAUGGAUGACGCGUCCUGUCCGUCUAGGCUUUACAUGCAUGUACUUAGAGUGUUUGUUCAAACGUCGAUAUCGUCACGAUUCGAUGCGGUGAGAC